AGCUCUCCAGCUCUCCCCACCAGACAUGUCUUCUACCAUUGACAGCUCCAACAUUCCCACCGAUGGCACAGGUGUUAUCCAGCUGGACCCUUGGCUGGAACCCCAUCGCGAUGUCUUGAAGCACAGAUACCAGGUAGUCGAGGAAUGGGCCAAGACCAUCAAUGAAACAGAGGGUGGCUUGGACAAGUUCAGCAAGAGCUACGAAACCUUCGGACUACAUGCACAACCCAACGGAGAGAUCAAAUACCAAGAAUGGGCACCAAACGCAACGGAGGCUUCUUUGGUCGGCGAAUUCAACAACUGGGACGUCAAUGCCAACCCCAUGACGAAGAAUAGCUUCGGCAUCUGGAAUGUAACAGUACCACCGAAGGACGGCGCUGCCGCUAUUCCCCACGACAGCAAGAUCAAGAUUACAAUGGUGCUCCCCAGCGGCGAGCGCAUCUACCGAAUCCCCGCUUGGAUCAAGCGCGUAGUCCAAGACCUGACCGUGUCGCCUGCAUACGAUGCCGUUUUCUGGAACCCGCCCGCGGAAGAGGUAUACAAAUUCCAGCAUGCACGGCCCAAGAAGCCCGAGAGUCUGCGAAUCUACGAGGCCCACGUCGGCAUUUCGUCGCCGGAGACUAGGGUCGCUACAUACAAGGAGUUUACGAAGAAUAUGCUCCCCCGCAUUAAGUAUCUGGGAUACAAUGCAAUCCAGCUAAUGGCCAUCAUGGAGCAUGCGUACUAUGCUAGCUUCGGGUACCAGGUGAGCAACUUCUUCGCGGCGAGCAGUCGCUACGGAUCCCCAGAGGAUCUGAAGGAGCUUGUUGAUACAGCCCACAGCUUGGGGUUGGUUGUGCUGCUUGAUGUGGUUCACAGCCAUGCCUCCAAGAACGUCAUUGAUGGAAUCAAUGAGUUCGAUGGAACGGACCACCUCUACUUCCAUGGCGGUGCCAAGGGCCGUCAUGAGCUGUGGGACAGCCGUCUGUUCAAUUAUGGAAGUCACGAGGUUCUGCGUUUCCUUUUGAGUAAUCUGCGCUUCUGGAUGGAAGAAUAUGGAUUCGAUGGAUACCGCUUCGAUGGUGUGACCAGCAUGCUCUAUUCGCACCACGGUAUCGGAACUGGCUUCUCCGGUGGGUAUCACGAGUACUUCGGACCAUCCGUCGACGAGGAGGGCGUAACAUACCUCACCCUAGCAAACGAGAUGUUGCACGAACUCUACCCAGACUGCAUCACAGUCGCAGAGGAUGUCUCCGGCAUGCCUGCACUGUGUCUACCCCACAAACUAGGCGGUGCUGGCUUCGAUUACCGCCUCGCAAUGGCCGUCCCCGACAUGUGGAUCAAGCUCCUCAAGGAAAGCACAGACGACGAGUGGGACAUGGCCAACAUCUCCUUCACGCUCACCAACCGACGCCAUGGCGAGAAGACCAUUGCCUACGCCGAGAGCCACGACCAAGCCCUCGUCGGCGACAAGACCCUAAUGAUGUGGCUCUGCGACAAAGAGAUGUACACGCACAUGUCGAAAUUAACCGAAUUCACCCCAGUGAUCGAGCGCGGCAUGGCCCUGCACAAAAUGAUCCGACUUGUAACCCACGCCCUAGGCGGCGAGGGCUACCUAAACUUCGAAGGCAACGAAUUCGGCCACCCCGAAUGGCUCGACUUCCCACGCGCCGGAAACGACAAUUCCUUCUGGUACGCUCGCCGCCAACUAAACCUAACCGAAGACCCUCUUCUACGGUACCAGUUCCUGAACGAGUUCGAUCGCGGGAUGCAGCUGGCCGAGCAGAAGUACAGAUGGCUUUCUGCGCCGCAGGCGUAUAUCAGUUUGAAGAAUGAGAGUGACAAGGUACUUGUCUUUGAAAGGGCUGGAUUGCUUUGGAUCUUCAAUUUCAAUGCUAAGAAGAGCUUUACGGAUUAUCGUGUUGGGGUUGAUGUCCCUGGUACGUAUCGCAUUGUGCUUGAUACCGAUGAGAAGGAUUUCGGUGGGUUUGGGAGGAAUGUUAAGGAGACGAGGUUCUUUACCACUGAUAUGGGAUGGAAUGGGAGGGGGAAUUUUGUGCAGGUUUAUAUUCCUACAAGGACUGCUUUGGUCCUGGCUCUGGAAGAUACUCUGUAA